GCGUUACUCCACCUCCUUCCCCACACCGGUCCAGAGGGCGCUUCGCCGGACCCGGGCAGUGAGCGCCGCGAUGUGGGCCGCGCUGCCGCUGCUGUGCGCCGGAGCCUGGCUGCUGAGUGUUGGGGCCACCGCGGAGCUGACAGUGAACGCCAUAGAAAAGCUUCAUUUUAAGUCAUGGAUGAAACAGCACCGAAAGACAUACAGCUCAGAGGAGUACAACCACAGACUGCAAACAUUCACCAACAACUGGAAGAAGAUGAAUGCUCACAACCAGAAGAACCACACAUUUAAAAUGGCAUUGAACCAGUUUUCUGACAUGAGCUUUGCUGAAAUAAAACACAAAUACCUCUGGUCAGAGCCUCAGAAUUGUUCAGCCACCAGAAGUAACUACCUCCGUGGCACUGGCCCCUACCCUUCCUCCAUGGACUGGCGGAAGAAAGGUCAUUUCGUCUCGGCAGUGAAAAAUCAGGGAGCCUGUGGCAGCUGCUGGACUUUCUCCACCACCGGGGCCCUGGAGUCUGCUGUGGCUAUUGCCAGUGGGAAAAUGCUGUCUUUGGCUGAGCAGCAGCUGGUGGACUGUGCCCAGAACUUCAACAAUCAUGGCUGCGAAGGAGGUCUCCCAAGCCAGGCCUUCGAGUACAUCCUGUAUAAUAAGGGCAUCAUGGGAGAAGACACCUACCCUUACAGAGGCAAGGAUGGUCCCUGCAAAUUCAACCCCAAAAAAGCUGUCGCGUUCGUCAAGGACGUUGCCAACAUCACACUCAAUGAUGAAGAUGCCAUGGUGGAGGCUGUGGCACUGUACAACCCUGUGAGCUUUGCCUUUGAGGUGACUGAAGAUUUUAUGAUGUAUAAAAGUGGUGUGUACUCCAGUACUUCCUGUCAUAAAACCCCAGAUAAAGUAAACCACGCAGUCCUGGCUGUUGGCUAUGGAGAACAGAAUGGGUUACUCUACUGGAUUGUGAAAAACUCUUGGGGCUCCCAGUGGGGGCAAAAUGGGUACUUUCUCAUUGAGCGUGGGAAGAACAUGUGUGGCCUGGCAGCCUGUGCCUCCUACCCUAUCCCCAAGGUAUAAGCCAAGGCCAAACAGGCAACUGGUUGGCAAACAUAAUGAAGAACUGGUCCUUUGACAACAAAUCCUGCCCAGGAAAACAGUGGGGAAAUCCACCCAGAGGCCCUCUCAUUUCUGCAUUGAGCCUGGAAGCCUAAAAUAGUGAAGAAGAACUCAACCAGCAGCAAGCCCACCCAUAUGACACCAAAACCAGCCAUGUGCCUUGAAUGUGGUUAACUCACAU